AGUCCCAAACACCCUGUUCAGUGAAUUGUUAAUAGUUCACAACAGAAAAGAAAAAUACCAAAAUCUAAAGGGAACAAGUCUGGAAGAGUGUCAGAUAUGCCCAUUUCACAUCUCGAAGAAGAAGAGAUUGGAUCCAUCGGAAACCGAUCGAUUUCACCGAGAAGUGACGCAUUUGGAAAUAGAAUCAGGAAAAUGUGAAAUUCGUUACCAGUAAGAGUUUUGUUGAGUUAUUUAUAUAUUUCGGAUUGUUCUUCUCGAUUUAUAAUCUACAAGGUUGAAGAUUACAAUUCCCUCGUUUGGCGGCGACGAGGGUUUUUCAGUGAUUAUAUAUAUGCAUAUACGUAUAGAGAGAGAACAAGAGAUUUUUAGAUAUACAGUGAGAUAGAGAGAGAUGGGAGAGAAUUCAGGUUACAAGCAUUACGUAGCAGGAUUGGUCUCAGGUGUUUCAAUGGUGAUCGUGGGGCAUCCUUUUGACACUGUGAAGGUGAAGCUUCAGAAACACAAUACUGAUGCUAAUGGAUUCAAAUACAGAAGUGGUUUUCAUUGUACAACUAGAAUACUCAAAACUGAAGGAAUAAAAGGACUUUACAGAGGUGCAACGCCAUCUUUUGUGGGAAUGGCUUUUGAAAGUUCACUUCUUUUCGGUAUUUAUUCCCAAACAAAGCAAGCAUUACAGGGAGGAGAUCAUAACAGAAAGCCUGAAUCCCAUAUAAUAAUCCCUUCAGCUGCUUUUGCUGGAUCAAUUAUCAGCUUCAUAUUAUGUCCAUCAGAGUUAGUAAAGUGUAGGAUGCAAAUUCAAGGUACUGAUUCUCUGGUUCCAACCUCACGCAAAUACAGUGGUCCACUUAAUUGUGCGAUUCAAACCGUAAAAUCCGAAGGGGUUAGUGGGCUUUUUAGAGGAGGUGUGACGACUUUGAUGCGAGAAGCUAUUGGAAAUGCUGUGUUUUUUAGUACUUAUGAGUAUUUGAGGCAUUCUAUGCAUUUAAGACUUAAAGAUUCUUUGAUUGAUCACACAAAUUUGAUGGAUGUAGGAAUUGGGAUCAUUAGUGGUGGUCUUAGUGGUAUCGCGUUCUGGUCUGCUGUUCUUCCGCUGGAUGUUGCAAAAACAAUAAUUCAAACUACCCCUGACAAGAACUUAACUAAAAAUCCUUUCGUGUUGUUGAGAUCGAUUUACAGGAGGUCUGGGGUGAGAGGAUGCUACACAGGUUUGGGUCCCACAGUUUCACGUGCAUUUCCUGCUAAUGCUGCUGCAAUAGUUACAUUCGAAGCAGCUUCAAAACUACUUGGAAUCACACGUGAUUGAUAAAUGCAAGAAAUAGCAACCUAAUUUCUCCACUUUGAUGGUGUUUUAUUCAUCAACAUUUUUACAAAAGGUUUUUCACAUAUCUUCUAUUCUCUAUCUACUUUUUUUUUUUUUUUUUUCCUUUUAUUUAUUUAUAGAUUUUUAGGAGGGAUUCUGAUUUAGAUGUCUGCUUGAAGGCAUUGCGAAUUCAUAUGAUUUAAAGAGCUUAAUGAUUGAUAGGCUUAAAUUCCAUCAUUUUUUUUUGUGGCUAACAUCUCUAAAGGAAUAUUUGUUUAGAGUAAAUUACACAAAUGGUCCCUAUGGUUUGGGGUAAUUUUCACGUUUGGUCCCUAACUUACCUUUUUAACUCAGAAGAUCCCUACUGUUUGUUUUUGUUGUGCGCUUGGUCCCUGUCUUACCUAAAAAGACUAUUUUGCCCUUUAUUUUUUAAUUUAUUUGAGUAAACACACCCCACACCACUUCCACCUCACCUUAUUAAAAUAAAUUAAAAAAAUCAAGGGCAAAAUAGUCUUUUUAGGUAAGACAGGGACCAAGCGCGCAACAAAAACAAACAGUAAGGAUCUUCCGAGUUAAAAAAAUAAGUUAGGGACCAAACGUGCAAAUUACCCCAAACCAGAGGGACCAUUCGUGUAAUUUACUCUAUUUGAGGGGUUAAAUGCAAGAAAUAGUAAUGUAAUUUCAUUUAUUUAUGUUUGUUAUAACAUCCUACUUUCAUUGAGUUGUUUA